GUUAUUGUGGUUACUGUGGUUGUUGUGAUUGUUCUGAUUGGUUCUGAUCUGCGGCGGGUCUGCCAUGGCUUUGCAGGGGUCCAGAUGGGCAUGAGGAGGCGGUGCCUGCGGGGACAGAGGGCCUUUGUGCCUCCUGACUGAGGCUCCAGCAGACGCCUUAAUGGGCUCAUUCAGGGCAGAGCCGUCCGCCUAACCUCGCUCCACUGUGGAGCCGCGCCUACUGGGGUUAGCAUCGCAUCUCCAAAUCAUCUGACCACGCUCCGCUGCGGAGCCGUGUCUGCUGGGAGAGCAGCAUGAAGAUGAUGUCAUCUGCGUUGCUGGGUCUACUGAUCAGCUUCACAGUCCUCUCUACAAGCUCAGCGCUGCAGUGUUAUCGAUGUCAUGGUUACAGCACCGUCAACUGCCAAAACGUGCAAGAGUGCAGCUACGAGGACUCCUGUCUGUCCCUGAGUGAGAAAGGUGGCAAAACCAUUCGGCAGUGUAUCCGUUACACGGACUGUGACAACUUGCGCCUGACGCAGAUGUUCCCGUCAGUGGACGGCUUCACUUACCGCUGCUGCAGCAGCAACCUGUGCAACGGAGGCAUCGCCACGGCGACCAGCCAGCCUGCCCUGCUGCUCGGGGCGCUGGUGCCGGUGCUGCUUGGCCUCUGGGUCCUGUGACUCGCUGUUGCCGCCGCCGGAUACGACCACGGGAACCUGGACUGCAACUUCACUUGUCCACGGCACCGCUGCCCUAGGUCCAACCACGAAUGGCCUUUGUGUAGUUAAUGUUUAAGUGCAGAAUCCACUAUGUGCUGUAAUUUUAGUUCAUGUUUACAUUUGCCCAUAUAUUGAAAGGUUACAUUAUCAUUAAACCAUGUAAAUCAGUAUUGAAUAUGGACUGGUCUAAGUGUUAAUGAUGUAAUUUAAUCCCAUUAAAAAGACUAACUGUGAGUGAUCUGAACCAAUUUAGUUUUCCGGUCAUGGUCACACCAACAUGUUUGUUUAAGAUUAUUUUUUUGGUUAAUAACAGAAUUAAAAGAAUAUUUGAUAAAA